GGAAACUAGCGACUCCCAGUGUGCAGAGCCAUACACUGGGAGGGGAUGUGUCUGGCUCAAGGCAUCCUCAAUCGUUGGAAAAGUUAGUCAAAACCUGCCCUGUAUUGUCUGUGUCUAUGGGAGAUGUAACUGUUCCCUGCUUGAUUGACACUGGGUCGAUGGUGACUACCAUGACCGAGAGUUUCUUUAGAAAACAUUUUCAUCAUCUACAAACGAGGGACUGUAGAUGGCUCGGGCAUAAGGCCGCUAAUGGAUUAGACAUCCCCUAUAUUGGCUACAUAGAGUUGGACGUACGGGUACUGGGGCAAUGCAUUCCGGGAAGGGGUAUCUUAAUUGUUAAAGACCCAGAGAAUAGCACUCUUAAAGACCGCAAGCUCUUGACCACAGGGAUACUAGGAAUGAAUGUAAUUGGGGAGUGUUAUCAGAUUCUUUUUAGACAACAUGGGCCACAGCUCUUCCUCUCCCCUCCGGUGCAGUCGGCGGCGCCAGCAGCCAGACGCGCACUGAGACACUGUGAACUGAUCCAGGCCAUUGAAAAUGCACCGAAGCCGUUCAAAGUGAAAGUCCAUGGGAAGUUGCCAGUCUGCCUUGAGGCAGGAGCCCUAACCAUGGUCCCAGUUACAUGCCCCCAGCUCGAGUCUGCAGAGUUUUUGCUGGAGCCCUUGGGCUUUGACGAAGAGCAGUUGCCCGAAGGUCUACUGCUGUCCCCUACCUUGGUGCCGGCAAAAAGGGGAUUCCUAUAUGCACCGGUAGUUAAUGUUGGGAGCACAAAAGUGUGGCUGUCCCCACGGCGCCCCAUUGGCACUGUACAAGUUGUGGCUGCGGCCGCGACAGAAACCGGUACCUCAAUAUCAGUCAAUCCAUCAUGGGAAGAGUGUCAGGCCUAUGUUUCCACACAGGAGGUGGCUGAGUGCUCUAGUGGUCCCGAGCCCAUGAUGCCAGCCUUCCAGGGGUUGUCUCAGCAACAAGCUACUGAGGCCAGGGCUCUUUUUGCCCAGUACAGCGACAUAUUUUCCCGAGGGGAUGGAGAUCUAGGAUGCACGUCUUUAAUCAGCCACGAGAUUCCCCUGCUCGAUGAUGCUCCGGUUCGGCAACCAUACCGAAGAAUCCCACCCUCUCAGUAUGAAACCGUAAAGGCGCACAUUCAACAGCUCUUGGAUAGCCAAGUCAUCAGAGAAAGUAGCAGCCCCUACUCUUCUCCUAUAGUCCUGGUGACCAAGAAGGAUGGGAGUUUGCGCCUUUGCGUCGAUUAUCGCCAACUAAAUGCAAAAACCCGCCGUGACGCUUACCCCCUUCCUCGUAUAGAAGAGUCUCUAGAUGCCCUUUCAGGACCAAAAUGGUUUUCUACCUUGGACCUUGCGAGUGGCUAUAAUCAGGUCCCAAUGGUGGAACGGGAUAUACCGAAGACUGCCUUCUGUACACCUUUUGGCCUGUUCGAGUUCAAUAGAAUGGCCUUUGGCCUGUGUAACGCACCCGGAACAUUCCAGCGCUUGAUGGAACGCAUGUUCGGGGAUUGCAGAUACCAGUCCGUCCUACUGUACCUGGAUGAUAUUAUCGUCUUUUCCACCACCGUCCAACAGCACCUGGAGAGGCUAGGAGAAGUGUUUUCCCGCCUGCAAAAGCAGGGACUGAAAGUAAAAGUAUCAAAAUGCAGCUUCUUCCAGCAUCAGGAGCGACUCACCUCUGCUCCAGUUCUGGCAUAUGCCGACUUUUCAAAGCCCUUCAUCUUGGAGGUGGAUGCCAGCCACGGGGGUCUUGGUGCAAUCCUCUCGCAAGAACACCAAGGGAAGGUACGACCUGUCGCAUUUGCCAGUCGGGGACUCAGGGCAGCCGAAAGAAACAUGGAAAACUACAGCUCCAUGAAGCUUGAACUGCUUGCAGUAAAGUGGGCAGUAACGGAAAAGUUCCGUGAAUAUUUGCUGGGGAACCAUUUCACGAUCCUCACUGACAAUAACCCACUGAGCCACCUGCACACGGCAAAGCUGGGAGCCACGGAGCAACGGUGGGCCUCUCAACUGGCGUCGUUCAAUUUUACCCUCCGAUACUGGCCGGGUAAGGACAAUCAGAAUGCCCUCUCUCGGCAGUAUUUGGAGCGCUUCACCUUUGGGACCGAGGUCCCUGCAUUGGGCACAUUGACCAGUCUUGUUCCAAUGCCUGCCAUAGAGGGCCUGUGCAGGGAGGUGGUGCAUCGUUCUGAGAUGCGUGGCGUCCCCGCAGGAGUACAGCCCGGACAAAGUGGCAUCCCUGGCUUCGCUCAGGAAGGUGAGAUCCCCAUCGACUCCCCUGCUCGGGACGACCCCCCUGCCGGGAAUGACGAUGAGACCCGAGAUGCAGUCAUCUGGUAUGAUGCGGAACAUGAACCCCAAGAACCCCAACCUGCUCCCACCUGUCCCUUAGUGGCAGAAGAAAUUGACAUGGAUCCCAUUGACAUGGGAUGCCGGAGGAAACCACAGUGGCGGUGCGCAGCUCAGCGAGACCUACAGCAGGGCAGCAUUCCAAUCCGCACCGUCUACCCAAGACAAUGA